CAGUGCAAGCUGCAGGUCAGCUUCAAUCCCAGGACCGAUCUCGACCUGAGUGUGAUUCACGAAUCGCUCAUCCAGUCGGGGGCGGCAUACAAGCCAGGCCAGGGACCGAUGGUGCACAUGGAGCGGAUCCUACACACGAAGCUGACGCAGCUCGAGGACACGAUGAUGGGGAGGCAGAGGGCAUCGACCGCCACGUGGAAGUUCGUCGCAAGGCGAGGGGAGCCCAGCGACUGCAUCGACGAUCGCAGAGUCACCAGUCAUCGAGGGCCAGCACACUUCUCUUACUACGUGUGCCCCAUCGUGCACACCAGCUACUGCACUACCGACGGUAGCUCAGACGAGAGCUACUUCCUCUUCCACGCGUGCUUCGACGAGUACGCCCGCUACUGCGCUGUCGACGGGAGCCCCAGCGAGUGCGAGCGGGCGUGCUUCGUCGUGGGCAUCGACUCGAUCGCGCACUGA